AUGAAUGUCCUGGGCCAUGUGAUUCUGCUGCUCCUGCUGGGAGUGGUAACCUGCCAGAACAACCGCAACGCCAAACCCGCCAGCAAGUCUCCCAAGAAGAUGGGAAGUGCAGGGGGAGAGGUGGCCCCUGAGAGCGAGACCCAGCCCGUCACUAGUGCUAGUGAGCCGAAAAGCGGUGCCUCGAACCAGAAGCCCAGCGAUGACAUGAAGCUGCACUUCCUUAAAAACACGCAGGUCACCUGCAAUGAUGGUACAGCAGCAGGGUAUUACUUAAAAGAAUUCAAGGGAAGUAAGAGAUGGCUCAUAUUUUUGGAAGGUGGAUGGUGCUGCUACAACAAGGAGACCUGCGACUCCAGAUACAAAAAUAUCCCUCGCCUCAUGAGCUCAUCAGAGUGGCCCCAAACACGGAAAGGCACUGGGAUCCUGUCGUCACAACUUGAAGAAAAUCCACACUGGUGGAACACCAACAUUGUGUUUGUUCCAUACUGCUCCAGUGAUGUGUGGAGUGGAACUGGACCGCCAGUCAAGGCCCGCCAAGGAAAAGACCCAACUGAGUACGCCUUCAUGGGAUCCCUGAUAAUCCGUGAGGUGAUUAAAGACCUCGUUCUCAAGGGCAUCAAGCAAGCCAAAGUUAUCAUGCUGGCUGGAACAAGUGCUGGGGGAACAGGUGUGCUGCUGAAUAUUGAGAAGGUGUCAGCUCAGCUGGAGCAGCUGGGGGCGGAGGCACAGGUGCGAGGACUCGUGGACUCCGGCUGGUUCUUGGAAAGCAAGCAGCAGAAGGCGACAGAGUGCCCCGACAGUGUGUCCUGCACUCCGACAGAUGCUAUUAAAAAAGGCCUUAGGCUGUGGAAUGGGAUGAUUCCAGAAAAGUGCCGGCAGCAGUACAAGAAAGGCGAAGAGUGGCAGUGUUUCUUCGGCCACAAGCUUUACGCCUCCUUGUCUCCCCCUCUGUUUGUGGUGCAAUGGCUGUUCGAUGAGGAGCAGCUGCGGGUGGAGAACAUCUACCUGGGUGGCCAGUCUCUGUCUGAGGAGCAGUGGACGUACAUGCAGAACCUGGGCAAAGAGCUCAAGAGCUCACUUAAAGAUGUUUCGGCGGUGUUUGCUCCCUCCUGCUUGUCCCACACAUUGAUCACUAAAAGUAACUGGAUGGAUUUCCAGGUUAAAGGAACUUCUCUUGCAAGAGCCCUGCAGUGCUGGGACAAGAGCCUCCAGGAGGCCAACCGUAACAGCAAGACCGCCAUCAAGGGUUGUCCGUUCCACCUGAUCGACAGCUGCCAGUGGCCGCAGUGUAACCCCACCUGUCCAGCUCUGAUCGAUCAGGCCACCCACCAGGAGUUGACCCUCCUGCAGAUGCUAGCUGCCAUGGGCCUGGACUUGCAGAAGUUGGGCCUGGACCCAAAGCAAGAUGGCAGCCUGACCGCCGUGGUUAGUAACGGAGGCUAG